AAAAGGCAAUAAAAGAAAAAGUGAUAACGUAGUGUGAGAAUUGAGUUUGAGAAAAAAAGUGCAAAAAUCCCACAAAUAGAGCAUGGAAAUGGAAAUAAAGGAAAUGAAAUUUCAAGGCCCACCAAAGCCGCCACGUCUGCAUGCUCAAAGUAGUAGAACCGCCAUUAAAGAACAAUCAACGAAAAAGAAACGUUUACAAUUCCAAAGUCCCCUUCUAAUGUGUCAACAACACAACGAAAAAGAUGUCGAACAGCAACAACAACAACAACCACAAUCAUCUAAUCCAGCAUUGCCAACAAUAGUUCAUCCUCAGCCAUCACAAGUUAAGCCAUCGAUAUUAGUUCAACGUCAUGAGACACGAGUCGAUACACCAAUUGUGACACUAAAGUCGGCGACUAGACUUAGUUAUCCGCCGGAAAGUUUGAAUCAUGAAUUUAACGGAAGCAUUGAAAUGCGCGGUGAUAUAUUGACCGUGAAAUCGUGUAAUAAUUUAGCCAGUGAUAUUCCACCUAGAACUAAUAAUUUACAACAAAGUUUCGAAUCCAAAGUUGCCAAUGUUGGGGGAGUGGACCGUCUGUCUCAGGGCUGUACCAGUUUAAUGCAUGCCUGUCAGCAAGGUGAUUUUGCCGAGGUCUUAGAACAAAUUCGAUCUAAGCCAGAACGGAUACGUCUGCGUGACAGUCACUAUAAGAACGCUCUGCAUUAUUGUGCUGCUCAGAGUGUGGCGAGAACAGGCGAUCUCGUGGCUGCCGCCAGUAUUGCCGUCGCAGCUCCAGAACUGCUGGAGUCUGCCGACGAAGAUGGCUUUACACCGCUGCACUUGGCUGUUAUUCAGGGCAACUUGGCAAUGGUCAAUUUGCUUCUAGCGAACAAAGCCGAUGUGAAUGCGGUGGAUAAAGAAGGGCACUCGGUGGUGCAUUGGGCAACAGUCUGUGGUGAGGUGGCAGCCUUAAGGGCUGUCUUGGCUGCGGGUGCCAAUGUGACAACACCGGACAUUAAUGGUGGCUCUCCUCUGCAUUAUGCCGCCCAGAUGUGUGGAGCCACUUAUGAGGGUAAAUUGAGUCAAGCUAAUUCCCAUAAAUUGGCCUUGGAAAUUUUGGGUAUUCUCUUGGCUCAUCCGCAGUGCAGUGUGGAUGUGGAGGACAAAGAUGGACGUCAACCGUUGUUGUGGGCUGCCUCUGCUGGUUCGGCCAAGGCAAUUUUGGCUUUGGUUAAGGCGGGAGCAAGGGUUGAAACAGCCGAUAAGGAUGGCCUUACGGCCCUACAUUGUGCUGCCUCUCGUGGUCAUACGGAGUGUAUUGAUACGCUCAUCAGUCUCUGUGGAGCUCCCACGGAUCUCAUCGAUUCCAAUGGUUGUACAGCCUUACAUUAUGCUGUCACCUUGGGUCAUGCAGAUGCCACAUCACGUCUGCUGGACUUUGAAGCUGAUCCCAAUCGCCAAGAUCGUAAGGGUCGCACACCAGCCCAUUGUGGUUGUGCCAAAGGACAAUUCGAGACAGUGAAGCUGCUGAAGGAAAGAAAUGCCAAUUUGUGGUUGCGUAAUGCCAAGGGCGAUCUUCCGUUGCAUGAAGCUGCCGCCUCGGGGCGUCGAGAAUUGGUUGAAUGGUUGUUGGAACAAAGACCCAAGCAGGUGAAUACCACCAGCAAUGAUGGGCGAAGUUUGCUGCACAUAGCGGCAUAUAAUGAUUACACAGAUAUGUGUAAGUUGUUGAUUGACUAUGGAGCUGAUAUCAAUGCUGUAUAUCGGAAUUCCAAGGGCAUAGUCAUCACACCUUUAGAUUGUUCGCUCCAAAAGGGUCACAGGUCGACAGCAAAGUUUCUACAGUCCCAUGGCUGUUUGCCGGCUGGAAAACUUAAAUUGGCUGCCCGACGUCCAAAUCCAUUUACACAACCUCCCAUGGAGACCGUAAAGCCUUUGCAGUAUGUAGAAAAGGAAGAGAUACACGACCUUAGUAACUCCAAGAAAUAUGUUGUAUAUUUGAAACGUUCCGAAUCGGAUGGAGCCGAUGAUGGUAACUGCAGUUGUUCGGAACAAACCUAUCGUCGGGAACAGCGUUAUGCCCACAUUUGUCAUAGGCAUCGCAAAGGCAAAGGACGCCACUUGAGAAGGCGCACAAGCAGUUGUGGGGAUCCCAAGGAGUCCGAUCACGAAUGUAGUGGAAUGUGUCGCUCCAAGAGUAAUAUUGAGAUUCGGCGUCGGAAAUCACGAGAACGUUAUCUUAGCUCAAGCGAGUGGGAGGAUGACGAAGAUGACAGUGAUUCCUGUGAAAAUUGUUGUUAUCAUAAGCGGCAAAAGCAACGGGUUUUACACAAGAAACGCUCCAUAUCAAACAAGCGUUCGAAGGAUGCCAUCGAUUCAGAUGGAAAACAUGAGGGUGGGGGUAUAGAGGAGGCACAAGCAAAAGCUGCCCAAAAGUCAGGAGAUCUGGAGGUACGGGAGAGUGAUCAAAGUCCUGAAGCCCUGAUAGUACCUGAGGAUGCAGCUAAGCAAAAUACAGCUGAAGCCCGUGGCAAGGGAGAGGAACAGCCAGAGUCCACUGAACAAGUUUUUAGUCGUUCGGCCUCACCAACAAAACCUUCAGUUCCCUCCACUCCGACCACAGCAGUCAAGGAGGGUACUUUUAUUAAAACUCCGCCGGCACCGGAGGAUGAAGCUGAUACAUCUGCCCUCAUCUCCGGGGCAGAAUUUACCGAUGAUGAUGAAAAUGCCUCCAAAAGUAUUGUUACGGAAGUUCAAGUCCAUCACCCAGCAGAGGAUGAAGGAAAUACUAGUGAAAAGCCAGAGAGAAUAGCUAUCGAUGCUCAAGAAAAGGAAGAAUCAACUGAAAAGGCUCCUUUGGAAGAAGAAGUAGCCAAACAAGUUGAGGAAAUUGUGGAUACUGCCACCGCCAUAGCUGAAACUGCCACAGCACCUCCUUUGGCCCCGGAAACAUCUACGGAUGCUGAGGAACAACAAAAGGCAAUGGAAGAAAAAGCUAUUGAAGCGGAGGAAUCCCAACCCCAAGAACAAAAAGUUGGAACUACAGGCCAAACAGAUGGCGUUCAACCUCAAGAAACUUCAGAAGACCUUGGAAAGCCUUCCAAGGAAGACAUGGAAACAAAUCUAGAAACUCCUGUCCAAGCCAAUCAAUCUUCAGCUUCACCUCUUCCACAAACUUCCGCAGCCCAUGAAAUUCACGAUAUUCCACCACAGCCAGAACAACCAAACCAAGAAGAAGAAAAAGAGACCCACACAGAAGCCGCAGCUGACAAACCAAGUGAAACAACAGCUUCCAACCCCCAAACUACCUCAAAUGAUUUACCACCACAAUCCAAUGCGGCCAAUGCUGAAGAAGCUCACAAGAUCUCCUCAAAACCAAAUGAAGAAGAACGGGAAGACGAAGACCACGGUGAACGCCCCCCUCCAGUCAGGGAACAAGAAUCAAGACGUUCAUUUACCUUACUUCCAUCCGACUCAGCUGAAGAUGAACCAGCCAUAGAAGUACAAGAAGAGGCACUGAGACGUAAAUCCAGCUUCCAGGUUUUAAAAAGUGAUGAUUCCGUUAUUGAGGUAGAUGAUUCCAAUUCUGCACGCGACGAAGUGGAAAUGAGUGAUUCCACAGUUUUUAAGGUUCUCACCAGUCCCCAAACACAACUCUUCGAGGCAGAUUCGAAUCGUUCCGAAGAGGUGACCCUACAAGAUGAUGAACACGAAGAUGAAGACGAAACGCAGACUCAAAAACGUUUUCGCCCGCAAGAUGAGCCAAUCUCACCGUACGACUAUGCCACAGGACGCAAACGACGCCUCAAGAAACGUGUCAAAAGCGGUACAAAAUCACGCAGCAAUUGGCAACGCACCGAAGCAGAAGCUGCUGAAAUGCAGCAAAACACAAGAGAUCAAGAUUCAGGAUUUGAGCCCAGUCCUCGCACGUUGAAAACCAAAAUACCAACACCACGCAACAUAUACACGGCUCAUUUGCCACGUCGUCCAUUGUACACCACCCUGGAUGGACGUUCGUGCAGUAGCCGUUUGGAAAAUCGUAAAGCCGGUGACAAAGGUGCUUGUGAUAUGACAGCCGUUACGAGAUCUAUACAAAGAAAUAUCCGAAGGUAUUACAUGGAGCGUAAGAUCUUCCAGCAUCUGCUCGAAUUGAAAUCACUGCAAAUACGUUCGAAUAAACUUAACGAAGCGGUUUUGGUGAAACGCGCUGUUGACGAUUAUCACAAAUCGUGUGCAGCCUUGGGCGGCGAGACAGGCACCCGGCUGCGACGCUACAAUUUCAGUGAAUACACCUUUAAGAAUUUCGAAUUGUUCCUGUAUGAAACACUAAAGGCGCUACAAAAACCGGGAACAUACAAUUUCCAAAAUAUAAAUGAAGUUUAUGACGAGGCGGAACGUCGCUUAAGUCCUGAUUAUAAUUCAUAUGAGAAGGCAUUACAGUGCACAACCCGAACUCAUCGAUGUCUUCAUGCUGCCCACGCCUACACGGGCAUACCAUGUGCCGCAUACAUUCCCAUGAUGAAUCAUCACACCAUGCCGAAAUUUGGAUUUGGCCCAUAUAAAAAGACUGGCGUGGGAAGUUUUUAUUUACCGAAAAUUCUCACUACCGGCACCGGGUGUGGCGGUAAAGUGUCAUUAGAAUUGUCACAUGGAAAGAGUAAACAGCUAAUAUCACUGCCAUCCGAUAAAUUGGAUUCAAAUAAACGAUAUUUUGUAACAUUUACGGUAAAGGAAACGGAGAAGGCAGCCGCGUCGGCGGCAGCGGGUGUUGGGGCCGGAAAUUGUGAAGGCAAAAAUACUGCUGAUGGCUGUAGCGGAGAUGUUGCUGGAAAAUAAUGUAGAUAGUUUCUUGAUUAAAGCGCACUUACUUACACCUACACUCCGACUAAGAAAAGAAGAAGAAGAAGAGCGGCUUUGGGUUGGCCCCUUAAUGGUGUCAUGCGGAUUGUGGUGUGUUGUUGCUUGUAAAUGCCUAAUUGAAGACAAAUUGUGUUAAUUGUAAUCGCCUGACUUCCUUUGUGAAAUACUCUUCCUGUUAUUUUGACUUGUUCUUCUGCAUCUUCGUCGUCGUUGCUGUCGUAGUCUUUGUUCCAGCAAUAAGGAUUUAUAUAACUGCAAACAAGAAUAUUCGUCGUAUUAAGAUAAGCUUUCCGGCAUCGACAUUUCUUUCUGUUCCUUCUCGCUGCCAGUGCUGGCACUACCACCAUCCACCACCACCAACAUCAGCUUGAAUGACAACAAUGGUAUUAUCUUUCAUUUGAUGCGUUCAUAAUGCAUCCGGAUGAUAAAGCUCAGUUUUUCGUUAAAUUAAGUUGCAAGGAGUCGUUGUCGUACAUGCAACGUUGUGCAUGGCUGCAUGACGAACAAAAGCCGAUGGGAGAGAGAGAGAACAUGUUUGUUGGUCGACAACGACCGACUACUGAUGGUGCAUCCCAUUCAUUACCACUUUUGUUUGUUUGCUUGCUUGUUGUUCCAUUUGGCUUUAGGAUUCCAGGCAGCUGCUGUGGUUUUCUCUUCUCGGGAGUUGAAGCUGAAGUUGCUUCUCCUGCUUCGUCUUUAGCCAGUAGUAGCAGCAGUAGCUCCCUUUUGCCAGUAAUCCAUGUUUCUGGCAAAGAUGUCAUUGUUAUUGCUUGUAAAUUCUUUGGCAACAGAUAAGCGCUGUGUUAUUAACGCUUCUUGUACAACAGCGAGACGUAUUCAUGUCAGGCACUCUUGCAUGCUUUCGGUUGAGCACAACGAAGGAAGAGACGCUGGGGUGAGGGUAGACACUGACAAAAAGAAGGAAAUGAAAAUACUUAAAUUCUUUAGCAUUAUUCAAAGAACAACAGAGCGGCAAAUAAACCGAAACGCAAUGGGUGAAAUCAGAUGGCACAGUGAUUGAAGUUGCAUCGAUUCAUCGAGGCAAUAGAAUAUAUAACCCCUAUUCAGCCUAUCUGUAAAAUCUUUUCCAUAGGAAAACUUCUAUUCAUCCUGGCUGAAAAAGGGUUUUCAUAGGCAAAU